UAGGUGCCGGGCCAGCCAAUGAAGUCAGUGGAUCCAUUCAAACCUUACCCUGCAGCCCUCCUGGAAAACUCCACGUUGAAUCUACCUCACGGUGAGAUAUCAGUCAGCUGGGAGAAACCUGCUGAGCUCGGACAAGAUGUCCACGUUUUGAGCUACAUCGUGGAGUACGCCAAACCAGACCAACAGGUGAAAGAGGAAGAUCUCCACUGGGAGCAAAUGAUGGCGGGAGCUGAGAAGGCGAUCAUUUCAGGACUUCAGCCAGAGACAGAAUACGCUGUCAGGGUCAGGUGUGAUUGUGGUGCAGCUGGAAGAAGCAAAGAAAGCAUCGCUGUUAAUGUCCGCACAACUAAACGUGAAUUUGCACGUCUCACAGAAUUCCUCAUAAGUAAAAGCAAAAGGAUCAACUCUGAAUCUCCCUCAGUUUACAAACUGCCUCUGACAGAAGAAGACAUGGAAGUUGAUGGAUGCCGGAGGUACAACUUUGGCAAAGAAAGCAUGAGGCAAAAUCGCACAAUUAUGCUUCUCGGAGCAACUGGAUCUGGAAAGUCCACUCUGAUCAAUGGACUCAUCAACUACAUCGUUGGUGUAGAGUGGAAGGACCAUUUCAGAUUCAAGUUAGUUGACGAGGAUCAGUCUAGAUCUCAAGCUGAGAGCCAGACCUCUGAAGUCACUGUGUAUAAAAUCAACCACCAGGAGGGCUUUAAAAUCCCUUUCUCUCUGACCAUUGUUGAUACUCCAGGCUUUGGAGAUACAAGAGGAAUACAAAGAGACAAGGAGAUCACAGAACAAAUCAGGAGGCUUUUCACUUCUGCAAAGGGAGUCAGUGAGAUUGAUGCUGUGUGUUUUGUCACCCAGGCCUCUCUUGCCCGACUAACUGCCACACAACGAUAUGUAUUUGACUCUGUGCUCUCCAUUUUUGGCAAAGACGUGGCAGAGAAUAUUCAGAUGCUGGUCACCUUUGCAGAUGGCAAGCAGCCACCUGUUCUUGAGGCAAUAAACAACUCUAGGGUUCAAUGUCCAAAAAAUGACCUAGGGCUUCCAGUUCACUUCAAAUUCAACAACUCAGCGUUCUUUGCAGACAACAGAAGCAGCAAUGAUCGGGCCUGUGAUGAUAAUUCUGAUGAGGAUGAGGAUGACUUUGACGAAAUGUUUUGGAAGAUGGGCAUCAAAAGUAUGGAGAAGUUCUUCACUGCUUUGACUAAACUGACAACCAAAAGCUUGCUCAUGACCCAAGAGGUUCUAAAAGAACGGAGACAUCUUGAAGCGGCCGUUGAAGGUUUGCAACCGCAAGUUAAAGCUGGAUUAGCAAAACUUGAACAAAUCAAGACAACCAAAGAAAAGAUUAAAGAGCAUGAAACAGCCAUGACUUCAAAUGAAAACUUUGUGAUUGAGGUGGAUGUUAUUAAGCCAAUCCAAAAACAGCUCACAAAGAAAGGAGAGUACAUUACCAACUGCCAGAACUGUUCCAUCACCUGCCACUACCCGUGUAUGAUAGCGGACGAUAGUCAAAAACGUGGCUGUGCGUCGAUGGAUAGUUCUGGGAGGUGCACUGUCUGCCCUGGAAAAUGCAUUUGGAGUGUGCAUUUCAACCAGACAUACAGCUGGGACUAUGUACAAGUCAAAGAGAGCCAGACACUGGAAGAGCUUAAAGCCAAGUACAAUAAAGCUGCAAAAGGAAAAAUGAGUGUUCAGGAGUUGAUUGAGAGUCAAGAGGAGGAGAUCAAUCACCUCCAAGAGAUGAUAUUGUCUCUCAUGGAUCAGUCAUCUCACUCUUUAACUCGUCUGCAAGAGAUCGCCCUGAGCCCUAACCCUCUGACCACUCCAGAUUACAUUGACAUGCUGAUUGAAGGAGAAAAGGCUGAGGCCAAAGUGGGUUACCAGGCACGUGUUCGGUCUUUGGAGGAGAUGAGGGAAAAAGCCACAAUCAUCUCCAAAGUGGCCAAACGGCAAAAACUCACCAAAACGGAAGAGGAAUUAUCUCGAGAGAAACAGGAGACGCAAAAAAAUGAAGGUUUCUUAAAGAAGGUUGGAAAUUUCUUUGGAUAUUAGGGGGGGGGAUGACAUGAAGGCUCUUUAAAAAAAAGUGUUUUCAGGAUCUAAAAUCAUUUGUAGACCUGAGCCAUGUUAUGACCAUUACUAAAGUUAGCAUGACGCAUUAGCACACACUUUUUGUCAUUAACAAGCUUUGUUAGAUUUUAGAGAUUUUGUCCAGCUGGUGGCGUCAUUUAUCAGGUAAAGAACCCCACUGACCUGCAUUAUGGAAAACUGCUUCUUAUCGGACACACACAGUCAUUGGUUGACCUCUGUCAGCCGGAGUAUUGGUGCCUAUAACGGUCACCACUCACUUUUGUUCUCUUAUUUUUAUUAAUCAAUUAUUAAGAUAUUUCAAUGUGUAAUACAUUUUGAUUAUAUGCCAAACAUUUAUGUUUCAAGACAAGGUUUUGGACUUCCACAGUUAUGUAACUUGUCUUGAAGAUGUUUGCGGAAACACAAAUGCUUUCUUGAUUCACAUUAUUAAAUUGAAUGUUUUAUUUGUCUUCAGUAGGUUAAAGCUUGUUCCUGUGAUGUUCAUCCUGAUCAAAGGACAGCACAGACGUUGCAGCUUCAUGUUUGCAGUUUGUGGAGAUUAAACUUGUUGAUCUUAAUGUGAUGCAUUUACUGUAUUUGUCUUCUUUUUUUGCUUAUUGUUGAACAUAUAAUACAAAAAGCCAGUAAAUAAUUGAAUAAGAUUUGACCAAGAGUCUAACAACAGUCAGCAGUGCUUGAUUAUUAAAUGUAAUGUGAUUGAGGUGUGAUAAUAAAAGAUGUUGUUGGA